UGUUGGGUGGUUGAUCUCUGGUGGGGGGUUUGCUGUUUCGUUUUCUUAAAUAUUUGCUGUGGCGGGGUAAUUGGGUGAUUUCCCUUGAUGUGGAGGUAUCUGGAGCUGAAGAAUUCUCAGAUAACUCAAUAUGUUCACUAAGAUCUAAUCUGAAAUUCAAGAAAGGAUUCAAAUGUCGUGGGUAUUAUUCCUCGUUGAUUUUUGAAUGGGCAAGAUUUCGAAACUUGAUAAUAUUCUUGAAGUGGGUGACUCAACCGAGAAGACAAACAAUCUUGGUCACCGUAGUUCCACGAUUUCGGUGACUAACGGAUACUGCCGGGCAUGAUGUGAUGGGUAUCAAGAGAUUAAUGCCUAUCUUUAAGAACACAAUUCCUCAACAGAAAACUUGGAGAAUUAUACAGGAUUUGAAGUCAAUUUACCUCCUAAGGAAUCAAAAAGCAAUGGCAAAUUCAAUUGCAAACUCUGCACAAACACUACCUCGAUUUCUCCUCCCUAGAUUGAGCUGGCAAGCUCGAUCCUCAUUACCCCCGCAUACUGUUCGAGCAUUCAGCGCAGCAGCAAACAAUAAUGGGAAGUCUAUAAGACUGGUCUCUGGAAAGCAGACGUCAAACGGAGCACGAUCAACGGGAGAUGGAAACAAACCUAAAACUAGCAUAUUACAAGAACUAUCAUGUCGAAGAGCAUUCCAUGCAACCUCGCGACAGUCUCGAGACCACCAUUUCGAUACUUUAAAGUUCGUCCAAAGAUUACAGGAUGAGGGAUUCACAGAAACUCAAGCUGUAGCUAUGAUGAAAGUACUGAGCGAUGUUAUCGAAGAAAGGUAACCUUUCAUUCCUUGCCUUUGCUGCCUUUCUUAAACUCACGAAGCGCUCAUUUAACACCUUACCAGUAUCCAAAACCUAACUCGCACAAUGGUCCUUCGGGAAGAUGCAGCUCGCGCUACCUACACUCAAAAAGUUGAUUUCGCGGCGCUCCGCAGCGAGCUCCUUUCCUCAGAUUCUACAGAAUCAUCCACAACCCGCGCUUCACAUGAGAGACUAACCAAUGACCUCGCUAAACUCAAUGCUCGUCUCCGCGACGAGGUUUCCCGAACGCAAGCUUCCGUUCGGUUGGAUUUAAAUUUGGAGAAAGGAAGGAUAAGAGAGGAGGCUAAUGUUCAGGAUCUUAAGAUCAAGGAGACGGAAACGAAGAUUGAGCAGGAGGUUGCUGGGUUGAGGGAGAAGUUGGAGGGUGUUAAGUUUCAGACUUUGCAGUGGUUAAUGGGUGUUUGUACGGGUACGGCGGCAUUGAUUUUGGGUGCUUGGAGAUUGUUGAUGUAAAGAGCGUGGGUGAAAGGGAGAUGAAGAGCGAUGAUACCUGAAUGUGUUUGUGUUAUAAUAAAACUGGAUUUAUAUGAAGCGUUGAAUUGGAUUUUGCGAUUUCGGCAAUAUCAAGUUCUUGUGAUAUAGAGAAUCGUAGCAGCCCAACCUCGUCUCGAAGAUUACACCGGAGCUAUGGGACUCGCAAUGUGAGAUGCUUUAGACCUGGGAUUCAUGGUUUCAAUCGAGUGAUGAAACUAUUCAAGCCCUCGAGAUAAAUAGCCUACAACUUUGCCAACUUCCUGCAUGACAGCCUAUACUAUCCUUCUUGCUUUGCUUUUAUUCCCUUGAUUUUACUGUUUAUUUUCCUUCCGUUCGUCAAGUCUAAAACACCACAAUCA